AAGAGGUUUUCCGAUGUGAUGGCCAGUGGUGAUGCCAUGGGGCUGGCUGCUGAGUUUCUCCUUCACCUCCUCAGUCAUGCGGAAACCUCCCUGAAAGGCUAACCUCUAUAUAUUCAGAGAGAGAGGUGAAGAUGGCAAAGACCAGAGCUCAAGCAUCACCUGCAACCGUUAGGUGUCAAAUCACCAUCCGAGCUUGCUGCUAACCAUCAGGCCAACUGCUAAAAUGAAGAAAUUGCCACUGCUCCUCUGCUCUGCUCUGCUGUGGAUGGAGAUGUCCUGUUCAGAGGGCAGGUGUCUGAGCUCCAGGAAAGCCAACGCGCUGAUGAGGAGCUGGCUGCGGCACGUCUCCACACCGCCUCCCCGUCAUCGCCACACUCACUCACACGACUACGCCAACCGCUCUGUCUCCCCCUGGGAAUACCGAGUCACACAUGUCAGUAACACCUUUCCGUCUAACAUACGCCAUGCCGUAUGCAAGUCUGGGGGUUGCUUCAUCGAUGGACAAGAGGACAACAGUUUCAAUUCGGUGCCAGUGUACCAGUCUCAAAUGGUGCUGAAAAAAAGACCUUGAAAGCAAAUAAGGUAGAAGAGAUGGAAUGUCCAGAGCUAAUGGGUUCUUUCUAAUAUGCAAACUCCCGUCCUUGACCUGUACAUGUGGACUCGCGUUUCGCCGAUGCCCCGCCUCUGUGGAGAAAACAAUAAAGUUUCACUGCUGUCAGCCUAGCCACAAUAACUUCUGGCGGACCAUUCUUCAUUCACCAUCCGCUUGCAAAUGGGAAAAUGACAUUAGAAUUGUGCUCUUGAGAGAUAUUGAAAUACACAUCUGUCAUCAGUGAUGUCAUCACGAAGCCACAAGCAGGCAAGUGAGCAAGGGAGGACGAGAGUUAGGAUCUUGGAGAGAACCCGAUGUGACAUUACUCAAGGACUCCACCUGCUGUAGCAGCCAUAAACAUCCAAAAUGAUGACGCUCACUCAGCUUGCGUAAUACACUAAACUAGGGGUGGGACUUGAAUAAAAAAUAUAUAUCACAAUUUAUAACAUGACCAAUGUUCCUCAAGAAUUUUUGUGAUUAACACAUAUUUUUGAGUGUGACGAUAAUCC